AUGCUUUUGCUCCGUGUCCUCAUCCUGCUGGCGCUGUCGUGGCCGGUCCACGGCUCAUGGGAGAGCUGUGGAGGGAGCUGUGGGACCCGGCCCAUGGCUGCUUACUAUGGGAUGUCGCGCAUCGUCGGGGGCAUGGAUGCGCAGCCGGGCUCCUGGCCGUGGAUCGUCAGCAUCCAGAUCCCUGUGGGCACGGGCUUCGUACACAUCUGCGGAGGGUCCCUCAUCCCCCCCCAGUGGGUCCUCACGGCUGCCCACUGCUUCCUCGAACACAACUUCACCAUGGAUUGGUUCCUGAUGAUCGGAAUCACUGACCUCGUGUGGUUAGGUCCCGAGACCCAAAAACGCUGGAUCAGGAGGGUCUUCAUCCACGAGCGUUACACCAACAUCUCGGACGGCCACGACAUCGCGCUGGUGGAGCUGGACCAGCCUGUCCAGUGCGGCUACUACGUCCAACUCGCCUGCUUGCCCGACAAGUCGCUGCAGGUGGGCCGGCUCUCCGAGUGCUACAUCAGUGGAUGGGGCAGCAGGACGGCCAGAAGUGAGUGUCCAGAGAGAUCAUCCCAGACGGCCCUGCAGGAGGCCAAGGUCCGCCUCAUCGACGUCAACCUCUGCAACAGCAGCCAGUGGUACAAAGGGUCCAUCAAGAACCACAACCUUUGUGCUGGGUACCCCCAGGGUGGCAUCGACUCCUGCCAGGGUGACAGCGGUGGCCCCCUCAUGUGCAGGGACAACCACGCCGACUUCUACUGGCUGGGUGGGGCCUUCCACGACUGGAUCCUCUUUCAGCUGGGGCUGCUCCGCUCCGCGGGAGCCACCACGACCCCCCGCGCAUGGACCCACUUCCACUCAUCCUACGCUCCCAUCCAGCAGACAGCGCCAAUCCCAACGGCGCCCAGCAUGGGCGGCUCCUGCCCGUUCCCGUUCCAGAAGCUGGUGGACUUCUUCAGUCGGGUGCAGGAGCUGCUGCAGGUUCUAAGGGGGAAGAAGACUUGA